AUGAGAAUAAUUUUAUAUCUAAUAUUCUAUUGUUCCUUAUGCUUUGCCUAAGAGGCAUAAUAAUUCAAUUCAUCAAAUUUGAAUUUGACUAAUUUAUAAUGGUACCCUCUGAGGAUUUAUUUUCAAAUCACAAAGCAAAUAGAAUAAAAUUAUAAAUUGGUUGAAUUGUUAAAACAAGUAUCUAUCUAUUUCUAAAAAACUCUGCUUGUAAGAAGGAGCUAAGAAGAAAUUGAUGUGUAAUAAAUCGCUUAUAAAAUGGCAUUAGAUUAAUUAGAUGAGGAAGUCUUCAUGGAAUAAAAUAAUGAAUUUGAUACUGUAAAAUAUCAAUUUUGAUUAUAAGGUUAUUUUUGUAGGUGUUAAGAAUAUGACAGAUUAUAAAGCUAAGUGUGACUCUAUCAAUUUUGACUCAAUCACUAAAAGGCCAAAUGUUUGCUAACUGUAUUUCAAGGAUGGACUAUAAUUUGGGACUACAAAUUUCAAUCAUUAAAAAAUGCUUAAGACUAUAAUACAUGAAACUAUUCAUUGUUUAGGACUUGAUAAAAAUGUAUAUUAACUAUUCUAUAAUUCUUCUUCUGGAGAAUUUUAUAAAAAUUUAAUGCCAAGUAAUAAAACUACAGAACUUCUACAAUUAAAUAGAUCAAGAGAAUAUUUAAAAUUUUACUUUGGUUGUGGAGAUAUUUAGGGAAUUGAAAUGGAGAAUUAAGGAUAAGAGGCAACUGCUUGGAAGCACUUUGAAUAAUAAAUAUUUUUGAACGAUAUAAUGUAAGGAACCCAUUUUGAUGAUAUUAUGAUAUCAAAAUUGACCUUAAUGUUUUUGUAAGAUACAGGGUUCUAUUAGCUAGCUGAACACAAAGCUGAUUAAAUCUAUUAUGGAAAAAAUAGAGGAUGUGAUUUUAUAAAAAAGAGAUGUGAUGAUCAUUAAUUUACUGAAUUUUGCUAGAUUGAAAAUCAAAAAGGUUGUUCAUUUACAAAUUCUGGGGUUGGCUCUUGUUAAAAGAGUAAACUAAGUGGAGAAUGCAAAUUUUUUUAAGUAUUUGAAGAUUAUAACUGUAAAGAUCCUAGUUAGAUGAAACUGGAAUAAAAAAUAAUAUAACAUUUUGGUUAUGAUAGCAUUUGUGUUUAGGGUUCUCUAUCUAAUUAAAAAAUGUUUUCUAGUUUCAGUUGUUAAAAAUUUCAUUGUGAUGUAGAUGAUAAUAUGAUUUUGACCGUUGGGAAGUUAAGUGUAAAUUGUUCAUUAUUUGAUAAAUUAUAAGGUGAUGCUUAUUAUGGAAACAUAACAUGUCCCUCAAAUUCUAAAAUAAUUUGCUAGAAUGAUAAUUAUUGUCCUAAUCAUUGUAAUGAGAAGGGUGUGUGUGUCAAUAAGGAAGUAUUAGCAUUCUCAUUAUCUAAAGUGUAUCUGCACGCAUGGUUAUUCUGGUAAAGAUUGCAGUAUAAAUUGCAACGGAUAUCGUUACAAAGAUUAGUGCCUUGAGAAAUGCCCUUAAAAUUUAUACACUUAUGAGUAAAUUAAGUAUUGUGUUGGCUGUCCAGGAGUAUGUUAUUUUUUUAUUGUUAGAAUUGUAAAGAAUGUAGUUCUUUUAAUAACUGCACAUUGUGUGAUGAUAAUUAUAAACUAGUAUCAGGCUUUUGUGAUUUUACUUAUAGUAGUAUCCUUACGCUAGUGAUUUUGUAUUUGUUUUUACUUUAAUGA